CCAGAUUAUAUCAUCCUCUUUAAAAUGACUACCAUAGUAACCGUGUAACAAACAAACCUUUGUAUAUACUGGACAGAAUAUGCAAUUGAAAUUAGUCAUUGUAGGCCCUCUUGGGGCUGGAAAAACAACGAUUUCUAAUUUCUUGGCCGAUGCAACGGAAGUAACUUCAGAAUAUCGGCCUACCCAGGGUGUUCGAAUUCUGGAAUUCGAUGUUGACGGUAUAAGUGUAAGGAAUAGGAAUGUUAAGGCAGACAUUGAAUUAUGGGAUUGCAGUGGAGAUCAUCAGUUUGAAAAUUGCUGGCCAGCAAUGAGAAAAGAUAUUCAUGGUGUUAUAUUUGUGUACAACAGCAAGUCACGAGAAUAUACCAGAGAAUUGGAACAAUUUUAUGACUAUUUUGUAAAUCAGACUAGACUGGGAGCAAAGAGUUGUGUGGUGUUUUAUUUUGAUCCUGAUCAAAAUUCUUUGGAUGCUCCAAAAAAAAUAUCUGCUACCUUUGCUAGAGUAUCUCAAGUAAGUUGCAACGUCGAAGAAGGUGGGAACAAAUUAAAAACAGACUUUCAAGCAUUUCUAGGCACACUCAUAUCCAAUAUGCAAGAGUAUACCGAUCAAGAAGAAAAUAAUAUUAUGAAAGACAAUAUACUUUUCGCAAAAUAAAUCAAUCUAUUAUUCAGUCUA